UUUUUCACCCUGUCCUGUCAGCGUAUUCACAUGCGAAGAUGAUUGCGCUAGAACACAAUAGAAAGUCGACAAUCAACAGUCACUUCAAAUCAGCAAACCAUAUGAGAAUGUCAGAACAGUUCCCACAGUAGUGGCAGAUCACCAUGACUGAAGUGGUAGCAGGGAAGACUGUGGCAAGCGCUGAAAGAAUCAAGAUUUGUGAAGAUUGGGUACGCACUUGCACAGCAGUCAACAUGCCCUGUUUCAAAAGUGAUCACCCCUCAAUUAGGCAGUUUCUGAAGGAGAAAGUCAUCAAUGGAAGUGCCAUCCCUGGAUAUCACCAGUUACAGGAAAACUUGGGAGAUGUCUACUUGAAGGUGAAGGAAGAACUCAAGCAACAUCUUGCAGGGAAACCAGUGACAGUCAUCUUUGAUGAAACUCCAGAUGUUGAAGUGUGUGGCCAAAGUGCACCACAGUCUGUAGAGAAUCUCCAUGAGAUGCUACAAGUCAAAGAGCAGGUUCAGCCGCUGCAGAUUCAGCUGAACAUCAUGACAGACAAGUGCAAAGUCAUCCUGCAGCUUCUCGACAUCUUCUAGAGCAGACGCCCCGUGACAACAAAGAUCUUUCAGUAUUUAGAGGACUUGCAGAUGAACAUUGCAGCCAACAAAGAACUACAGUAUGAGGCUUGUUCACACUGCUUUGACACAGUUGAUGACUUGCCCUUUGCUGUGAAAACCAAACUCUUGAUUCAUACAGCAAUGCAGAGGAAAAACUUACAAAGUACAUGUCAGAUGGUCAGCCUGCCAUGGAGUUCCUCCAAGAAGUUAGGGUGCUUGAUCCACGUCACAUUGCGUUUAUGGAUGACAGAGUGUCCAGCUUCACGGCUAUUCCAGGCUUCAGUAAGGUACAGAGAGAUGAACCCGAUGCCUACUUCACCAAUGUAGGACCAGCACCACUGAGAGCCACAGUGAGUGGGGUGGUGGAUUUGGAUAUCUUCUGGGAUGGACUUCAAGAGAGACUUCCUGUGCUGAACAUUCUGACCAAACACUACAAAGAUGCCGUCUCAAACUCUGCUGAUGCUGAGCGAAGCAACAGUAUCUACAAGCUUGUGUUAUCCAGCUGUAGGCGAUAAACCUCUAACAACAACUUACGAGCCUUGGUCUUCAUGUACCACAACCAACGACUCCGCAGUGGAGGAAUUGAUAAGGAGGAGGAUAGGGAGGAUGAAAUGGAUAAUUACUUUGAGAUAUAGGCCUAGAUGAGCUAGGCCCUUGGUCACCCCCCACCUCUUGUUAUGUUCAGAAAAAUAACUGUGCUUGUUCAAGAAAAAUAAACAGCACAAAAGAGCACUUUGUCUCUAAUUGUUUUCAUGGAAGAUGAACUUGAGAUAUAAUGUGUCUUAAUUGCAGAUUGGACCCCAGGUGUUUCUUUUGUGCCAGUUUAAUUUUUUUGAAAACGGAGGAAUGCCUGUUGUUGGAACUCUGAGCUAGCUUCCACACAUUUUUUUGUUCAGAAAAAUAACUGUUUGUUCUGGACAAUUAACAAAAUUGAGCACUUUAAAUGUUAAUUGUUUUUGUAUUAUGUAUUCUGCUUAAUAUAGUCCUAAAACUGAGCACAUAUGACUUUUUAUUGCUUUAUACGAAAUGAAUGUGAAAGAUAA